AUGAAGGGAAUUCUGACUGGAGCCACCGGAUUCAUUGGCGGAGAAAUCCUGAACCAAUGCCUCGACCAUCCACGCAUCACUUCACUCGUGGUCCUCUCGCGCCGUCCGCUCCCCGAGCCAGCUGCGAGUAACUCAAAGGUCAAAGUCAUCAUCAUCCAGGACUUUGGGAACUAUCCGGACUCGGUUCUGGAGGAGUUUAAAGACGCAGAUUUCUGUAUCUGGGCGAUCGGCACAUACUCUGGCGGCGAAGACGUCGAGGCCGACCUUCCAUUCGCGCUUUGCAAAGCGAUCGCCAAAGCCCGCAAUGGAGCAACGACCAAGCUGUUCCGCAUGGUCCUCCUGAGCGGCAUGUUCGUGGUACAUGACCAGAAUGCUUCUCUGUGGUUUAAACCCACGACCCGCAAGGCCAAGGGAGUCGGGGAGUUGAGACUGCUCGCAUUUGCCGACGAGCAGAACAAGAACGACGGGAAUUGGGAGUCAUACGUGGGCAGGCCAGGCGGCGUGCUGCCCAAGUACAUCUUUGGUAUCCACACAGGCACAAUCGGGAACAGACUCAUCAUCGGCGUGGGGGUGCUGGCGGCGGGAAUGAUUGAGACGGCCUUGGAGGGGAACCCUGAAUACAUGGUUUAUCAUUCCGCACUUUUGGAGAAAGGGAGGGCAGCGAUCCGGAAAGCCAAGUGA